AUGGACUUUGACUCUCCUUGGGACGAAAACCCUCACCCGGACUCCACGAGAGAUGCUGAAUGGACCAAAAUGUCUUCAGAAUUUACCAAUGCAGGAUACCGCGAAGGGAUUACAGCAGGCAAAGAAUCAACUCUCCAAGAAGGUUUUGACAGUGGUUUCGCACAAGUAGGAGCACCGAUUGGCCGUGAAAUAGGACUUUUACGUGGGGUAGCUUCAGGACUUGUGUCGUACCUUUCGACAUCCAAAGGUCUAUCCGAUCAGGAUAUACAGCUCGUUGAAGCUCGGGAGAUCGCAGCAGGCCUAUCCGGCAUUCGAUUCUCGGAUAUCGCACCGAGAGAUCUAGAAGCUGAGCAACACGCACGAGAACAUCUGGAAAUGGAGGGCAAAGAUGCAGAUGAUGAUAUGGACAUUAAUGAGGAGUUGGCUGAGAAGAGGAAGAUGGAGGGUUUAGAAGACAUGUUGUCGCGGUUGGCUGCAGAGACACAUUCUCCAGACGGAGGACAGAAGAGACCCACAACGGAAGAUGUGCAACGGUUGAAAGUUCGGUUGCAAACACUGACAAGUGCUAUUGGUCUACCAGAAGCAAUUCUUUGGGGCUGA